AUGAAGGAGCAAGCAAAGUCACCUCAAUGGCUGCGUUUCAAACGCCUUGAUGGCUUCUUCAAUGGGGUAAAAACAUUGGUACCAGUCAAAGACCAUAAGCCGGAAUACCCAGGCAUGAGUGAUCAGCAGGAUACCCCGCCCCUUACGGUCACCUUCUCAAGAACACCCACUCCUACGCCGUACGUCCCACAACCAGACUACAGGUCAUCCCAAUACGCGAGUAACUAUCACGAUGUCAAGCCAUGCUACCUCGACAAGAAGGAAACAAUACCUGUCCCCAAUGUCCUCGCGUACAACGGCCUUCCACAGGGAUUACCGGAGCCUGUCAUAGGUUCACACAAGCUCUUCAGCUUAAGGGACGAUGUUUGCUUCGACAGGUUCGGCAGGUAUGGACCCUAUGGUCUGGGCUACAGCUAUGACAAUGGCGGCCUCGACGUGGGAAUGGAUACCGAGAAGAAUGGAAGCGACAUUGUGUGGGCCAAGACGGGCAAGAUUGACUACAGCACUGUCGACUGGGGUGAUGCUCAGACCCGAUGCCUUGAAGCCAACAAGGAGCGGUUCCUUGAACCUCCCAAUAGCACAACGACUACUCCAACAGAGAGAAUGGUGAAAGGUCAGAAGCAAGUCUUCCAGCAACAUCAGCGCAAAAAGAUUGCCCGCACGGCGAUUGUAGUGCGGUUGUAUAUCGGCUUUCCCUGGACGGAACACGCAGUCCUCAACUUCCGUGCAAUGAUCUCCGAAGUUUCGCUACAAUCAGGAGGCGAGUAUACGGUGCACUUCCUCCUUCAUGUCCGGGACAAUGACGAGCCAAUCUGGGCAGAUCCAAAGGCUGUCCAAAAGGUGUUGGAUGACAACGUGCCCCCGGAAUUCCACGGUCUCUGUACGCUGUGGUCAGAAGACCAGAUGCGUCUGUACUAUCCCGGUCGGUUCGCUCGGUCGUUCACCAACCCAAGCUUCAGCGACAUCCACGGCGUCUACCGCAGCGCUCAUUUCCCGCUCCAGCACUUUGCCCAGGAACACCCCGAGUAUGACCACUUCUGGAACUGGGAGAUGGACAUGCGGUGGAUAGGCAACUACUACGAGCUCUUUGACCGUCUCGGCACCUGGGCCAAGAAGCAGUCUCGCCACGAGAUGUGGGAGCGUUCAGAGCGGUACUACAUUCCGCAUUACCACGGCAGCUGGGACAACUUUACCCGACUUGUUCACAACCAGACUGUUGCGAGUGGCCGUCGCCCAGUCAUGGGUCCCGUCCACUUUCCCGGGCACUUGAACCUACGGUCCGAAAAGCGCAGCGUAUCCUUCCUUCCUCCAACCUGCCCCAAGGACGCUGUCACUUUUGUGAAUCCGCGUCCAUAUCCACAACGCCACCCAAAAGCACAAGCACAUCAGCGUCAUCAUCACCACCGCCCACCUCGAGCCGGCUCUCCUGACGAUGACCUUGAAGCCACCACCACCACCACCACCACCACUGCUACAACCGAUGCCGCCGAAGACCUUACCUCCUGCGGCAUCGACGAAGACGCUGACCUAAUCACCCUCAACCCCAUUUUCGACGCCGAUUCCUCUGGCUGGGUUUUUCACCUCGACAUAACCGGCUACGACCGCUCUCAUCCUCCCCCGCCCCGGCGUGCCUCCAUCAUUACCGCAUCCCGCCUUUCCCGCCGUCUCCUGAACGUGAUGCACGAAGAAACCUACCGCUUCCACCACGCCAUGUUCACCGAAAUGUUCCCCACAACUAUGGCCCUACACUACGGUCUUAAAGCCGUGUACGCCCCGCACCCAGUGUCCCUCGACCGACAAUGGGACCUCGAAACCAUCGACAAGACCUUCAACGGUGGUAGAGAUCAUACGACUAGUGGAAAAGGAAGUCCGUAUCAGUACCAGAAUGAGUACCAUCAUAAGGGGAGCACGUGGUAUUAUGAUGCGCAGUUUGCCGGUACUUUGUGGAGACGGUGGCUAGGGUAUGCGCAGGUGGAAGGGCCGGCAGGAGGGGAGAAGGGAGAGAAGGCGACGGGAAGUGGAGAGACCGGAGGUAGACUCAGGGGUGGCAGGAAGGAAGAGGAAGAGGGGACAGGGAGGAUGUGUUUGAGAAGUAUGUUGGUGCAUCCGAUCAAGUGGGAGGAUCCGGGGGAGUUGGCUUGGGGAAAGUAG